AUGGGUCCAACUUGGGUGAGCUGCGAUGCUGGAAAGGUCUUUCAAACUCUGGGUCAGUGUUGCGCAGAAGCCAACAGGCGCGAGUUGGUUGCAAGAGCUGCCGAGAGCGAAGACUCCGAAGAGGCCUGGAAACAGGCAUCAGUUACAUUGUGGUCUUUGGCGCUUGCUCAAUACAAGAGCAACUUCGACGCAAAAGAGGGAUCGGUCCUACCAGUGAUGACAUUGGCAAUAGACUCACGUAUGCAGAAAGCAGGCGGAGGGACUUCCAGCGGAAAUUGGGCAAGUGGGGGGGAAGAAGGUGCUCAAGCAUCUCUGGACAAGGCACGCGACGCCCAAGAUGUUGCCAAAGAAGCUCAAUCGCUUCUCAAUCUCGCAGCUAUAAAGGCUUCAGCAUGGGCCGCUUCCCAAUCCAAGUCCUCUGAGUUGCGCCCACUUGGUGAUUUGCUGCAGAAGGGUCUGACGAUCUUCGAGAAAGAAAAGGACUACAGCGGCGAAGCAGUCGCUAGCAACAUGCUUGCCAACUUUUAUAUCUUGAUGGGACAGGCCAAAGACGCCGUGAGGAUGGCAAAGCAAGGACUUGCUGCCGCUCGCCAGGGCGGUCAAGGGAGAGUUCAGGAAAUUCCCCUGCUCCACACCCUGAUGGCCGCAAGUUUCCUCCGAAACGAUCCGGAUGAAGCCCUGCGCAUAAGUACCGAAGUCGCCCAAAUCUGCCGGGACUCCAAAGCCUCGGCAGUGUGUGGACUGGCGGAUGCUUGCACAGCACAGGUGCAUCUUGCCAACGACGAACAGGGCCAAGCUCAACGGCUUGCUGAGGCGGCGCUGAAGGCCGUCCAAGAUGCCAAGGAUACGGAUAGUGAGAUUCUUGUGCUGGGCACCCUACAAGAGAUUGCCUUCGCAAUCGGAAAGCCCGUCUCAGCGCUGAAGGCCGCGCAAGAAUUGUUAGAGAGGGAGCGCCGGCGUGGCAUCAAGGAAGCAAUUGCGAGGGCACAGCUCUUGGUUUCCAUUUCGGAUACCACUGCGGCCUCGUCCAGUGACCUGGCUCGACAAGCCAAGGAACAGUUUGCCUCUAUGAAAGAUAAGGUGGGUGAAGGCCUUGCGCUGGUGUCUUUAGCCAGAGCCCUCUUCUCCUCAGCCAAGACCGGGGAAGCCACAGGCGCCGCAAAGGAGGCCAUGGCAUCCUUUGAGGCCUCCGACCUACCCGCGGGUCAGGGCUUUGCGGGCUGCUUCCUGGCACUGGUGGAGGGUCGUGAGGAUCCGGUGGCAGCCGAACGUCUGGCUCGAGAAGCUUUGUGUGCUUUCCAGGAUGCCCGUCACCGAGUCGGACAAGCCUUGGCGGAGCUGCUGAUAAGGAGGUCUCAGCAGCUCCGCGAAAAGCCAUCAGAGUGCAAGAUAGUGGUUGACGACUUUGCUGUAGCACACGUGGAGAUCAGCGGUGUCUGCACGCCAAAGUCCUUGGAGCAGGUUCUGAAUGCGCUUCAUGAAGCUAGGUGCAAGGAUGGGGUCAAGGCAGUUGUUUUGCUCAUCCAAGGAGCAAAGGGACCAGUAAAUCCUGCAGGGCCAGGCUUCGGAGGAUGGGUAUCGCCACAGAAGCAGGCUGUGGCCAGUGGCACAUUCCUCCUCGGCUUGCGAACCCUGGGUCUGCCCUGCGUGGCUGCUUGCUGCGGAAAAAUUGCUGGUCCGGCGUGGGGUUUGGUGCUGGCUACGGAUUACAGAAUCGCCUCCGCCACUUCCAAUUUCAUUCUGCCGAUUUGGGGGCCUCCUGAGUGCUUUGGGGACUUGGUCGGGCACACGGUUGCCAUGCAGCUCUGCUACAACCAGGGUCCUGUGAAUGCUCUGACAAUGCUCGAGUAUGGUGUCAUUCACCAAUGCCAGCGAGGAGAUGAGGACACCAAGAAAGCUGCGACUGAAGUGGCGAGGAGGAUAGCCUCAACACCCACCCUGGCUUGCCAUCAAGCCACGACAAUGCUCAGCCCUGCCAUCGAAAAGUACGCCUCCAUUGUUGCACGUGGAGGACUGCGAGCUUAG